AUGGAAAUCCACGUGGUAACCAAGACUAAUAACCGAGCCCAUGCAACUGUUUCAGUAGAGAAAUCCAGUUAUCCAGGAUUACCUUCAGAUAGCGUCCGCGUGCAGCCAGUCGUGCUAAGUCUGGCAUCUAAUAACCUGAGCUAUGCUCGAUUUGGAUACAAUCUAAACUGGUAUGAUUAUCCAUUCCAGACAGAGAAAUUAAUCCAGCCGCUAAGUUGUAUAUCUAUAGGUGGGAUGCAUACCCAGUUCGCCAAUCCGCACCAGCACCAUACAACGACGAUUCACAAUGGGGAAUCGUCCCGACCUAGGGAUAUGGCAUUAUCGUCGAAUCUAGGAUCCCAUUACUAUAUCCCGGGACACUCCUCUUCGGAUACUAGCCGAUGGCGUCUGCUCCUGUGGACUUGAAGUUGGCAGGUACUGAGCUGGAUGGCCAUU